AUGAUUUUGACUGGCACUUUCCUACUCUUUGCCUACACCGGAGAUGCGUUUGCGCAUGUUCCACGAACGACAGGCAGCACUAGUUCUGGUCCAAGAAGCAGUGCCCUCAAUCUAAGUGAUCCGUUGUCCCUCGUAAAUGUUUUCAUUGGUACCACAAACGGAGGAAAUGUAUUCCCAGGAGCGACUGUCCCGCACGGCAUGGUCAAGGUUGGGAUGGACACAGACUCUCCCCAAGCAGGAUACGACGCAAACUCGACGUUUAACGCAACCGGCUUCUCUCAGCUACAUGACAGUGGCACCGGAGGCGGAGUUCCUCUAUCAAAUUUCAAACUUUGGCCGUUUGCUUCCUGUAAUUCGACAUUUGAAAGCUGCCAGACAUCAAUCGAUGGAAGGAAGGCUCAACGGAAAAUACUUGGCGAUGGCACCCCGGAUGAUUUCGGGUCUCCUGGAUACUUUUCUACAAACUUGUCUACUGGCAUACGUGUCGAGCUUACCUCCACGCGAAGGACUGCCCUACAUCGGUAUACAUUCCCGCAAAAUUCGACCGAGCCUCGACUCGUCGUCGAUGUAACAAACGAUGGUCAGCAAAGCAAUACUAAUCCAUUCAUGACUGUCGAUCCAAAUACCGGUCACGUAGUCGGUGGAGCCGAAUUUGCGGCUUCAUUUGGCCCCGGCCGAUACUCCGUAUUUGCUUGCUUUGAUUUCCGUGGAGAUGGUUACAACUUCACCGCUCCAACGGAAUAUGGAAGCUGGCUUGGAAACUUUCCUGUUCGAUUCGCGACAAACCUAAACCAAGUUUAUUUCGGAUUCGUGUCGGAGCUUGGUGCCUUGCUCACUUUCCCGCCCAAUCCAUCUCCGGAUUCCACAACUACGAUCCUCGCACGGGUCGGGGUAUCUUUCAUCUCCACAGACCAAGCGUGUGCGAAUGCUGAGUCGGAAAUACCUGACUUCAACUUUGAUGAGACUGUCGCUGCUAGUCAGUCACAAUGGAAAGAUAUCCUUAAUCGAGUUCAGGUCAAUACCACUGACGUGGAUGACGAAACUGUUGAACUCCUUUACUCUUCCCUAUAUCGGACACAUAUCUCACCUGCGGAUUACACUGGAGAGAACCCGAAAUGGAACUCUACCGAGCCGUAUUAUGACUCACUUUACUGCAAUUGGGACACUUUCCGCACACUUUAUCCUCUCUAUUCUCUCCAUGACCCAGAAAAUUUUGCUCUGGCUGUGGCUAAUUAUUCACAUAUGGUAUUCUUAGAUGCUGAUCCUAUACUUGGAGAAUUCUUUGUAAAGUUUCAUAACUUCUCGGAUUCGUUGAACGUUUCGGCAACGGAUUUAUACAAUGCCCUGCUGGCCGACGCCGAGGAUCAGCCUCCAAACUGGGACUUGCAGGGUCGUCAGGCUAACAUCUGGAAGAUGCUUGGAUAUAUCCCGGGUGACAUAUUCGAAAUGAGCGGCACGAAUACUAAGCAGGUUUCACGAACACUCGAACAUGCAUUUGGUGAUUUUGCCAUUUCGCAAGUCGCACAACUCUUGGGUAAAUCGGACGACGUUGUAAAGUACCAAAACAGGUCGGGCAACUUCUUCAAUGUAUGGAACCCGAAUACCACCGUUCCUGGAGGACCUGACUUCGUGAAGGGCAUGGUGCAGCCACGUUUUGCAAACGGGACCUUCAAUCAUACGGAUCCGCGUCAUUGUAGCGUGAACGAUCCGCUCCACUCAACAUGCUUCUUGAAUGCCGCGAACCGCGAUGGAUUCUAUGAAUCGUCUCCUAUCGUUUACUCCCAAUUUGUUCCGCAUGACACAGCACGGCUCAUCGAAUUGCAAGGCGGAAACGAAUCAUUCGUUUCGCGCCUGAAUUUUAUUUUUGAUGAACACUACUUUGAUGCGACGGACGAACCAUCUCAACAGAUUCCUUUCAUGUACCAUUAUGCCAACAGACCUGGAUUAAGCACGCAGAGAUCUCGUCAAGUCAUUGCAUCAGAUUUCAAUACGUCUGUUAACGGAUUACCGGGAAACGAUGACUCAGGAGCUAUGGCGAGUUAUGUCUUCUUCUAUUUAGCUGGACUAUAUCCUAUUCCUGCAACGCGACAAUAUCUCCUCUCGUCUCCCUACUUCCCGCAAGUCUCAUUUUUCAAUCCACUGUUUAACUCCACGACAACUAUCAUCGCAAACGGCUUCCGUGGUAAUCCAUCAGAUGGGACGGGCGGUAAUGUCUUCGUCGAGAGCGUCAAAGUGAAUGGCGAGAGGUACAAGUCAAAUUGUUAUUUGGACUUUGACGUGUUCGAAAAUGGAUCUACGAUCGAACUACAGUUGUCAAGCAACAUUAAUAACACGUGUGGCAAUGGACCCAAUGCCCUUCCCCCUUCGUUGUCGACAGGAGGGUUUUCUAGUCCUUAA